AUGAAGCGGUGCCAAGGGUGCGACGCAGCCGUGGAGGGUACGGACCCUCACACUGCUUGCGUUAUGUGUCUCGGCGAGACCCAUGCUCUCGCGGCCUUAACUAAGGUGACCUGCACCGCCUGCGCUGCACUUGGGGCGCAGGAGCUACUGCGCCGGGCAAGCAUGCACCGCGAAGACGCCAGUUGGGCUGACUUCCCGGAGCCUUUUGCCAUGCACUCUCAGGAGGACAGACCGAACCUGCGCGAUGGCAGGGUUCCGUCUGACACGGCCCAUCUGGAAGAGGCGCUCCUAACCCUCGCUAACAGCUCUGGGGACGAGGACAACGACCUCCUUCUCCACUCUAAUGAUGUUUCUGCCGAGCUGAGGAAGAACGCGGGCGCAAUCCUGCACCUCACCCAGGGGUUGGCACAGGAUUUUGGACGGAUUAUGGGCUGGAGUGUAGCCUCUCUCCGGCACUUAUGGCUAGCGAACUCGGCACUCCCUGAAGCGGACAAGGUCCCCCGCCUCGAUGCCCCAGUCUCUCUCGACGGCAGUAUUGGAGUCCUCACCGGCUCAAAAUCGAAGCCGGCCAGGACUCUACGUCGGCCUAUCACAGAUAAGCACCAGGUCGUUGGCUCGAAUUCGACCCCGCCCCCACUUAAGAGCCGGGCUUCUGCAGAUUCAGAAGCCCGUGGAGUAAGGGAAACGAAUAUGCCCCUGCAUCUAAACAGCGCACUUUCCCAAGAGAUAGAGACUCUCUUGGCAAAAAGCGCGAUCCGCCUAGUCCCCAAACACGCCGAAAUGCGAGGGUUUUAUUCCCUUUAUUUCCUCGUUCCAAAGAAAGACGGCGGUGUGAGACCAAUACUGGACCUGCGAGCUCUGAACCGUCAUUUGGUGAAACGACGUUUUCAGAUGCUAACGCACAAGCGCGUAAUGAGCUCAAUCAGCCAAGGGGACUGGUUCACGCUCGUAGAUUUAAAAGACGCUUACUUCCAUGUGAACAUUGUACAGCGCCAUUGGCAGUACCUUCGUUUCGCUUUUCUGGGAAGAGCGUACGAAUUUACCAAACUCCCAUUCGGUCUGUCCCUGGCACCCCGCACCUUCGAAAUGGUGGCGCGGGCUGCUAUCGCCCCGUUGCGACAACAGGGCAUACGCGUUUUAACGUAUCUGGACGACUGGCUUGUGUUAGCCCCUUCCAGGGAGUUGGCUGCGAAACACACAGAGAUGCUGAUAACCCACAUCGAAGGAUUGGGUUUCACCAUCAACCGCGACAAGAGUCGCUGCAUCAGUGGAAUCACGAUUAUGCGCCUGUUGGGUUUAAUGGCGGCAGCAAUCGCCGUGGUUCCGUUGGGAUUGCUACGCAUGAGACCGGUGCAACUCUGGCUCAAGCGAAUGCAUUUCGAUCAAAUGAGAGACCGCGCAAAGCUGUUUCGCAUUCCGCAGUCGGUUGUGAGAGCACUCUCGCACUGGCGAAAUGGGCGAAUGCUGAGUGUCGGUGUGCCAAUGGGCGCUAUCUCCACUCAUGUCCCUGUAUACACAGACGCCUCCACCAAGGGGUGGGGGGCGGUCUGCAAUGGAAUGAUGGCGAGCGGGUUGUGGAACCCUCCUCUGCCUCAUAUCAAUGUGCUGGAGAUCACAGCAGUAUGGCUUGCAUUACAACGUUUCGAACCCCUUCUUCGGGGCAGACACGUUCUAAUCAGAAGCGACAACAAAGCGACAGUCGCUUACGUAAACCGACAGGGCGGCACCAAAUGUCCACAUCUACACCGGCUGGCGGUGAGGAUCUGGACUUGGGCAUACCCGCGAGUUCGCUCCUUACGGGCGCUCUACGUCCCGGGGCAGCUGAACUGCGGCGCAGACCUCUUGUCUCGGGGCGGUCCCUCCCCCCUAGAGUGGUGUCUUCACCCACUCGUGGUAGCGGAGGUGUGGUCACGCUUUGGGAAAGCGAGAGUGGAUUUAUUCGCCUCCCGACAGAAUGCGCAUUGCCCAUUAUGGUUUGCGAUGACAGCAACCGGCUCGCCCCCACUGGGAGUGGACGCGCUAGCCCAUUGCUGGCCCAAGGGCCUCCUUUAUGCCUUCCCUCCCUUUGGUCUGGUACCGCAGCUACUAGCCAAAGCGAGAGAGGAGAAGAAACCCCUGAUUUUGAUCGCGCCAGAUUGGCCGCACAAACAGUGGAUGGCCGAUGUAGCCCUGCUGCUGACCGACGUCCCGUGGCGACUUCCCCAGCGCCGGGACCUCCUGGUUAUCACCACGUCCUUCCGCUCACGGGUAUUGGACCUGGUGGCUUUCAAGUCUUUGUGA